AUGGAAAAUAGUAGGGUAUAUAUCCCACCUCCUUUACGUUCAAAAUGCACUACCUCAGGGCUCAAGAACAAAGAUUCUUUGAAUUCCAUAAAAGGAUGCUCCGAACAAAGGAAUUCUUUGCCAUCUCAUGACAUAAUCUUAUCGGACAAAAGCCUUUCAUUUAAUGAAUCGAAUUCCUCUAAAAGGCUUGACUACAAAGACGACCCUAACGAUACACUUGCUCACCUCGCCGACGGAUUUAUUCACUUAAAACUAGAUGAUUUUCCUCAUGGACUGAAUGACAAUAUAGAAUCCCAGGACUCCUUCGAUCCUACAAAUUCCCUUUAUGAUUCGUGUGAAUCGAAUACUAGCAAAGUCGACAAAACUAAUUUUUAUGACUUUCAGCAUAUAUUGGAAUUGUAUGGCUUUCCGAAAGAAUGGGGAACUUCUGAUGUUGAGUCUGUGAUAUGUAGUUUUGAAACGAAGGGCUUUGUGCUAAAAUGGGUUGAUGACAGUCAUUGUUUGGCCGUUUUUUCCUCUAUUUCGGAGGCCAAGCGGGCAUUGGAUGUGCUGCCCUCUUUUUUCGUGAACGCUCGUAAAAUGGAAAACGCUAGUGAUUUGAGUAAAAUUAAACUCGCAAAAUCACCUGGUGACUGGAGUAUGCCAUACAAGCGGCGGCCAGCAACUGACAGUCGUACGGCCCGUCGUAUAAUUUCUCAUCAUUUGGGUCUAACUUCUAUCCAUAUUCCACCCACUGCUGCUGCGAAAGAACGUGAAAUAAAAGCGGCUAUGCGGCUAGAUAUAGAAAGACGAGCGGCAGAGGAGGCUAAGCGUAAGUUACUGAACCAUCCUUAUCAUAACUCCGCCAACAUAUUCAUGCAAAAUUUAGUCCAUAUUGUCGAAUCUUCUUCUCUCAAUCCCACUUGUAUUGUGCUCUCGUUUCCUCCAAUGCCCCCAGUGGGUUUAUGGAAGCGUAAUCAUUUCCACCACUGGUACAAGGUGCAAUUUUUAGGGCUCCUGAUCUACACUCUCCUCCCCCUAUUUUUCUUACCCGCUUGUCAAUUGGCUGCCGCUAAGCGUCAACAUCACUGUUUGGGUGUCUUAAAUCUGGCUGCCUAA